AUGUCCACCGUAACGAGCACAUCUGCACAUGCAUCCGCCACGGGAGCAUGCUCGAAUCUAUACGACACCCCCGUCGACGAUGCCGUCUGCGCCAUGCCCAACAGCGGCAACUACACGGCCCUCAUGUUUUCGUGCUGCAAAGAGGCCGACGUUGUCAGCUACUACGACGGCUGCGGUCUAUACUGCCUGGCGUCGGGCCAGGACGUCCAGAGCCUCUCCGACUGCCUCUACGACGAAGGCGCGGCGUGGGAGGACGUCUUUUGCCGCGGCAACGAGACGGCCACGGCGACGGGUGCGGCCACGGCUGGCGUGCUGCCGGCGAGCGCUUCGGCUAGCAUCCUGAGUUCCGGCCAGGCCACGUCGACCGCCACGCCCGAGGAUGGGACUUCAACAAACGGUACAGACUCUAAAAAAAGUGCCGCGGCUGUCGUACAGCCUAGAGGUCGCUCGAGUGCCACUGCUUUGGUGGCGUCGUUGCUCAUGUCUACUGUGUUUGCGAGCAUGCUCUAUUAG